CUCAAAGCAUGUCAUCCUCAGCUGGUAGUCCGAGAGUGACAGAAAGGAAAGCAGACAGAGACAGCCACGAGCACCACGACGAUGACGACGACGGCGAGAAGGGAUCAGGUUUCUUUGACAAGGUGAAGGAUUUCAUCCAGGACGUCGGCGAGAAGAUCGAAGAGGUGGUAGGCUUCGGGAAGCCGACCGCCGACGUGACCGGGGUCCACAUACCCCACAUCAGCCUGGAGAAGGCGGAGCUCGUCGUGGACGUCCUCAUCACGAACCCGAACCCCGUCCCGAUCCCUCUCGUCGACAUCGAGUACCUGAUCGAGAGCGAGGGAAGGAAGCUCGUCUCCGGCACGAUCCCCGACGCCGGGACCAUCCACGCGCACGGCUCGGAGACCGUCACCAUCCCCUUCCUGCUGGUCUACGACGACAUCAGGAGCACGUACAGGGAGAUCGAGCCCGGGAGCGUCAUCCCCUACAAGGUCAGGGUGGUCCUCCACGUGGACAUUCCCGUGGUCGGGAGGGUCUCGCUCCCGCUGGAGAAGGACGGCGAGAUCCCGGUGCCGUACAGGCCCGACGUCAGCGUCGACAGGAUCAAGUUCGAGCAGUUCUCCUUCGAGGAGUCCACCGCGACGCUUCACCUGAGCCUGGACAACAGGAACGCCUUCGACCUGGGGCUCAACUCCAUGGACUACGAGGUGUGGCUCGGCGGCGUGAGCAUCGCGUCCGCUGAGCUCAGGGAGGCUACGGAUAUCAAGAGACGGGAAGUGACCACCAUGAACUUGCCUAUCAGCUUCAGGCCUAAGGAUUUCGGCUCUGCUAUGUGGGAUAUGAUCAGGGGGAAGGGCACUGGUUACACCAUCAAGGGACACAUCGAUGUCGACACUCCGUUUGGGCACAUGAAAAUACCAAUAAGCAAAGAAGGGGGGACAACCCGUCUCAAGAAGGGGGAUGAUGACGACGACGAUGACGACGACAAGGACUAGAAACGAAGGGAUGAGCUAUUUAGCUUUCCUGAAGCAGAUAACAAAUAUGAAAUAUUUCCCUGCCAGUUUAGUUUGCUACAUAUUUAAUUUAAGCUAUCCUACCAGCUUAUAAUCUCUAGUUAGCUUUACUUCCUCCACUAUUUGGUACAUCUGUUUUAUCUUUAUUUCUUAUCUUGGAAUUCAUUUAUAUCCUUCAUAGUGCUUCUUUAAUCUGUGUAUGACCAUAUAUAGUCAUGCAUCAAGGACAUCAAAGAUGAGCAAAUGAGACAAGAUUACUCUUUAUACCCAUCUAGUCGGUGUGGUGUUAUAUGAUGAUGUUUAUUUCUCCUGUUGAAUGUAGUGGUUUAAAGUACCGUUGUCCACCAAUUGUAACGAUAUGCAUAGCACUGUUUAGAGGCAAAUUAUCUUACACUUUCUACGGUGAUGUACAUCGUGAGAAUUAAUCUUUAACAAUUUGAGAUAACU